CAGAGAGUCAGCCAGGCGCUUAUCCAGCCUGUUCCAUGCCCAUGGCUGGUGCACCAGACUGCGCCAUGGCAAGCCCUUUUACUCUGGUCAGGACCAUCCGGAUGGGGCUAUGAGGGCCCCGCCCCGUGUGGCCUGACCCGGCCUGCUCGAGUCCCGCAAGCUCUGCAGGCAGGGUAGCGGGCAGACCCCACCCCCACGUCCUGCCACCCGCCUGCGAAGGAUCCGGGGAUGGGCAACACCACCCGGCCCGCUCCAGAGUCAACAUGGGUCUCAACGAGGCCGGGUGACGCUCCAGAAUGGGAGACAAGCCAAUUUGGGAACAGAUUGGAUCCAGCUUCAUUCAACAUUAUUACCAGUUAUUUGAUAAUGACAGAACCCAACUAGGCGCAAUUUACAUUGAUGCAUCAUGCCUUACGUGGGAAGGACAGCAGUUCCAAGGGAAAGCUGCCAUUGUGGAGAAGUUGUCUAGCCUUCCGUUCCAGAAAAUCCAGCACAGCAUCACGGCGCAGGACCAUCAGCCCACGCCAGAUAGCUGCAUCAUCAGCAUGGUUGUGGGCCAGCUCAAGGCUGAUGAAGACCCCAUCAUGGGGUUCCACCAGAUGUUUCUAUUAAAGAACAUCAACGAUGCUUGGGUUUGCACCAAUGACAUGUUCAGGCUUGCCCUGCACAACUUCGGCUGACCUCCUCCCAGCCAGGCAUUCACGCUGUUUCCUCCUCCCUCCUCUUCCUGAUACUAUUCACACUCCUCCAGAUGCUCCAAAUAUCAUACACAAACAAGCAGGGCCAUGGUGUGAGUGGGUGCAGUGCGCUGCUGCCACCAAGGUGUUGUGCAUGAUGUUUGGACUCUAGACUAGUUGCAUCUGACAGGAGAAGUUUGUGUUGUACCAGCGCAUGCCUUGGAAAGACUUAAGUAAUGCAAAAGGUUGUCUUUUUUUUUUUUUUUUUUUAAUUUACUGACAAGUUGCUCUAGUAACCCAAAGAAGUGAAGGAGAAAGCAGCUGCCUCACCGCCCAGAUAUUGAUUUGUUCAGAUGUUUCAAUGCCUCAUGAUACAAUAAAACCACAAAAAAUUUUCUUAACAGUUUAAAUUGUUUUAAUUAGUUUAAUAGUUGGCUGGACACCAGUAACUAUCCUGCCCCAUUGUCUCUCUCAUGUCUCACCCUCCCACAUCUGCCCCAACUCAGCAAUACCUGUUGCAAAGAGAAAACUGCUGAAGCAGCACUCCCAGCUAGCUUCUCUCAGAAGCUUCUCCCAGAGUUGCCCUCUCCAGCCCACCUUGUCCUGGGAAAGCAAAUAGGGAGAGCUCAGGUUUGGCCUGAAGCUUUCCUCAACACUAAAGCCUCUAUAGUCAGUUCUGAAACCUCCUGUGACCUCUGACCUGGUUAGUUUCAGAGUUCUAGUAGCAGGAGAGGUGACCCUGAAUCCUGUCGAAGCUGGAGAGACCAUGGCAAAAAUGGUCCAUCAGGUUUGGGCCUUCUGGACUGAGGUCUCAGCAAGACCAAAGGAGGUGCCUGCUCUGUUUCCAGAAGGGUCAAGAUUACAUCUAAGGUGCCCCACAUACCCCAAGCCAAGCAGAGGGCAGUUCAAAUCCUGUACCCACUCUCUUUGGAUAUCAUUGCCAAAGUUAACUGCUCAGAAGAGCCAGCCUCCAUUGCCCACAGAGCCAGGCCUUGUUGGGUUGGAAUUACAGAAGAAGGCAGCCUGAGUCUGACCAUGAGGGAUUUAUGCCCUCGGAGUUCUCACCACUCAGACCUCUGCAGAGCAUUUCCAAGCCUUUUCCCUCUAUUCCUUCCUCACCACACACACUCCACAUUGUCUUCAAAUCCCAGGAAGUCUUAGCUAUUACAGCAGUUUCUUCAGUUUUGGGGACAGAGGCCUUGCCCAGUACAAAUCUAACCCCUCAGCCCUGAGACCUCUGGAUGAUGUAAGCCAAGUGGGGCAAGGUAGCAACUGCAGGCUAGAACCAAACCCACAAUUUGGGUUAAUGCUCUGUUAGGAAGAUUAGGAUUGGUAAGGGCAAUGGACCUGUGAAUGGAUCCUCCCCCACCAAUUAGGAGUGGGGACUAAGGACUUUCUCAGACCCCACAGGUUGCCUGGCUACACUGGGCACAGGGCUGGAUGGUGUGCCAUUUGAGGGAACAACAUGCUCGGUAGAUUUCAGUGGGACUGAUCUCUAGACUGCUGUGAACUGGGGAGAGUGGGGCUGGGGAGAGGUAGAUGCCUGCUGCCUCUUAAACCACCCUGUAUAAAGUCUGCAAUACGGCUUCCAUGUACCUGUGCCUGAAUUGUCUGCAAUAAAGAGGUGUUUAUAAA